GUUUAGUUUUUUGAAUAUCAUCUUUACCGUAACUAAUCCGCCAAUUCUUCCGGCCACUAAUUCACUCAAAAAUAUAACCGCCAUAGAUUAAUUUAAAAUUAUUCUUUAAACAUGGUAAAAUGGAGGAAAUAAAAAUCAUAAUCUUCUUCUUCUUCUCCCUCUUUUAUCUGACCAUAAAUCCAUAAUUACCCCACGGUAAAUUAAUCCUAUAUAUGCUUUUCUAGUAAAAAAUGGAUGAAAAUAAUGAGCCGCAAGUUGAUACCCCGAGGAAGGGCAGGCACAGAAAAUCGUCGUCGUCGUUGAGCAUUUCCGCCCUGUUUCACGGCCACCUUCACCGGCGGCACGACCUCAUCGAGCCGUCGUCGCCGUUAUCCCCGGAUCGAAGCCCGAGAGUGAACCCGUCGAGAUGGAUAGGGUCGAAACACCACCACCACCACCACAACAGCAACAAUCAAUCGCCGGAGAUCCGAGGGAGAUGCGGGAACAUCGCCGCCGGAAUCGGGCGGCAUCGGCGCCGCCACACGUCAGAUCUCACCUACGACCCUCUCAGCUACGCUCAUAACUUCGAGAGCGACGACGAUUCGCCGCUGAAGAAUAGCUUCACUGCACGGCUGAGAGCAGGGGAGGGAGCGACGCAGCGGGCGGCGGCGUCGGAAACAAGCGCAGAUGAUCCGAAUCCGCCGCCUGGCAAUACGGAUGGGAAAAAGACGAGGAGAAAAAGCUUCGAUCUGAAUGAUCUGAUGACCGUGGCUAAAGGCCUAGAGGAACUGGAAGCAAUACAAAACGCAGGAGAUAAUAAUCCUCUGGAGAUGAGAUCUAUGGCGACCAUUCUGGAAGAAGCGCCGCAGACGGCCGGUAGAUUAUGAAAACACGGCCGCCGCAGCCGUGCCGGAUAAAUUUAUAACAUUGUCUUAACUUAAAUAGCACUAAAAUUUAAUGACUUUUCCUAAAUAGCAUUACAUGUGUUUUUUUUCCAAUGUAGCAACUUUUAGUUAUUAUGCAUUAGUCAUUAUUCAAGUAAAUAUUCGCAAUCAGUGGUCAUUAUGGACAUUAUUAAGUGCUAUUUAAGGAAUAAAAUAGUUUAAGUGCUAUUUAGGAAAAUGACUUAAGUUUUAGUGCUAUUUAGUGCAAAUAUUUCUAAAUUAAACUGUACUGAUAGUU